GGCGAGCGCACCUGCGCGUACGACGAAGUGCUGGACCUCAUGAAGUCCAACGACAACCAUUCCGACGAGCACACUAGCGGUGAGUGCGUCGAGCUCUCCGUCAACGACCGCACGGCAAUUGCCUGGAAGGAGGCUGGCGGCAUGCUGCUUGACCAGCGCUUCUGCCCGCGCACCGUGGAGGGUGAGUCCCGCUACAGCAGGGUCGCGGACAAGCCCCUGGACAUCAUCCACAAGAAGCCCAAGGAGGGCGGCAUCUUUGCCGCUGGCGGCAUAUGCUCCAUCAGCACCUCCCGCGGGCGCGCUGACACGAGGCUCGCCGACCUGACGGACGGCGUCCUCAGCAACGGCUACAUGCUGGAAGGACCCUUGUCGUUCGACCAUUUGUUUGUCUUGCACCUGAUCUUUAAGACGUGCGAGACGCCAGAACACCUGAAGCAUAGGCCGCCCUGUCUGCGCAUCUGCGGAGCCGUGCUCUUCAGGCUGGUCUCCAUCUACAUCGGCGAUUCCCUGAUGCACGAGAUGUGCUUCAUGCAUCUGGUGCCCGGUGCGUUUCUCAUCUGCACGGGUGUGAAGACUAUCGCUAUCGCACACCCCCUGGUGCAGUUGCUGGCCAGGAAACUUCCGUUCGUGAGCGCGUGCGGCGACAAGGGCGCGUUCUUCGUGCGCGUGCUGGUGGGCGAGCACGUGGAGGUGGUCUGCCUCGAGGAGCCCAGCGGCGCCGCCGCGAGGCCAAAGCAGUGGCGCGCCGCCGCGCUGAACGACGGUCGCCCGCUCCUCGCGAGCCCCUAUGGCGGCUUUGGCAAGAGCUCCACCCGUCGCCGCUACGACCCCACCCCGCCUGCCACCAGCAUGAUCAGCGCGGGCGUGAGCUGCCAGCUGAUCCACCGUGGUCACGAUGAGCACGGCACAUUCCUCAAGGCGCAGCAGCAGCCCGUCCUGAUCAAGAAGUGGCAGAAGGGGAAGGAGCUCGAGUCCACCGAGAAGAUCAUCGACGUGUUCAAGACGUUGGACUCGCGG